AUGGUGGACAAUGACGUAAUGAAGAAAGUCUGUGGUUUCACUUUCUCCGGUACACGAAGCAAGGCCCUAGACUUCGACGCCAAGAAGAGUUGGGCCGAACUCUCCCCGCAUACGACCUGGGAUUCUGCCGGCAUGUCCAACGGGCUUAUCGAAGACCUGGCCACUGCCGUUGUGCAUCGGUUCAUCUGCUACAAUGUUACCAGCAAAAAGGAGGCGAAUAAAGUCAGUGAGGUCGAACUUUUUCUCCUAUGGGCGAUGCGAGCGGGAGUGCGGUGGGAGGAACCGGUUGGUGUCAGCAACCAGAGGAGUUCAUGA